AUGGCUACGCUUCCAUUGCAGAACUCUGCCCCUGCCCUGGCUCUGUCAGGUUCAAUGCAAGGUGUUGAAACUGCGAAGCCCGUUCCAGAGUCCAAGCCAAAGAAGAAGAUCUGCUGUGCUUGCCCGGAGACCAAGAGGCUGCGUGAUGAAUGCAUGGUGGAGCACGGUGAGUCAGCUUGUGCAAAAUGGAUCGAGGCGCAUCGUUUGUGCCUUCGUGCCGAGGGCUUCAACGUUUGA